AAGUGUUUCUUUUUUUCUUGCGGUUUUAUAUUAUCUCGAGUGGUUACGAUUCUUUCAUUCUCGAAUCUUGUAGGGGGAGAUAAGGAAGUGAGAGAAGGGGAAACCCAAACCCUAUUUUCGAUCUCUAGUCGUGUCUCAAUCGAAGCGAUGGUGUUCUACUUCAAGGCACGACCAGAUGCUGGGGACUACACCAUCUUCAUGGGGCUCGAUAAGUUCGAGAACGAGGAGCUCAUCAAGUACGGCUUCCCCGAAGACGUCUGGUUUCACGUUGAUAAGAUGUCGUCAGCUCACGUUUACUUGAGGCUUCAUAAAGGCCAAGGCUUUGAUGACAUUAGUGAAGGUGUGCUCGAGGACUGUGCUCAGCUUGUCAAAGCUAAUUCCAUUCAAGGCAACAAGGUGAACAACGUCGAUGUUGUGUACACUCCGUGGUCCAACUUGAAGAAGACUGCCUCCAUGGAUGUUGGUCAAGUUGGCUUCCACAAUUCAAAGAUGGUCCGGACUAUCAGAGUGGAGAAGCGAGUUAAUGACAUAGUUAACAGAUUGAACAAAACAAAAGUUGAAAGAACCCCUGAUCUGAGAGCUGAGAGGGAAGCAGUGAAUGCUGCUGAAAGAGCUGAGAGGAAAGAACACCUGAGGGAGAAGAAGAAACGUGAAGAUAUAGAGAGGCUGGAGAAGGAGAAGCAAGCAGACAUGAGGAGUUACAAGGGAUUAAUGGUAACUGACAAAAUGACAUCCAACAAAGACAUUGCUUCAAGCAACAAGUCUCUUCAAGAGCUCGAAGAUGAUUUCAUGUAAAAGAGCCCUGAAGAAAUGAGAGAAAACAAGUCGGUAACGUUCUGCUGGUGCUGUCCUUCAAAGAAGGUUUAUCAAGUUCUUCUAUUAGCCUUAAGAGUUAUAAUGAUGAUGAAUUGCCCUUUUGUUUCAAAAAGUCUUCAGAGGAUUGAAUCUGAGUUGUGAGAAAAACAGAGAGCAUUAUGAUAUAUAUAACGCAGGUGAGCCAGUGAGCUGGUGCGACCAUGGUUUACUCUACCUAACCUUGCUGUGUUUGUUGAAAAUCAUUUUACCA